CUAACAUACUUAACAUGGAGAAUUAGGACAUAUGUCCAAGUUGUGGACAGAGAAGGACAGGGGCAGACGAGUGGAGGAAACAGAAACUCUUGCGACGCCUUUUCUCAGUCACAGCCCUUCAGCAGCGACUGUGGUCUACGGUAAUAAUGCAAUAUGCCCAUAUGAGACCACACUGACGUAUCUGAAGUGCACACCAGUCUUCAUGGCAAUGGAGAGCUCAUGACUGGGGACAUUGUCUUGGAGAAACAUCUGUUUGGCCAGACAGUGAGAGAGGAGCAGAGGAGCUUAUCUCUUGGAGCAUUGCUUUCACAGUGUAUGAGUGCAGCAGCAGUGGCGACAGUGUGAGGCCUCAGUCAUGGAGUCUGAGCUGGACGAGGACGUGGAGAGCUCAUGGACUGUGCUGUCCUGGCUGGCCUCUUGUGUGAUGGUGUUUGGGGGGGCCUUGCCUUACGUUCCUCAGUACCAGGAGAUCCAGCGCACCGGCAACACCGAGGGAUUCUCCACUCGCGUCUGCCUGGUCCUUCUCAUCGCCAACAUACUGCGCAUUUUCUUCUGGAUUGGGAAGCAGUUUGAGUUGACCUUACUUCUGCAGAGUGUGGUGAUGAUUCUAACCAUGUUAGCAAUGCUGCACCUCUGCUGUGCCAUCCAGAGUACCAACCGGGUCAGCACAAAACAACACCGCAUCACAGACCUGGACCUGCGGUAUUUUUGGAGCUGGAGUGCGUUUGAGGACUAUCUGCUGUUCUGUUUUGGUUUCACACUGCUGUGUGCCUUCGUCACUCUCCUCUUCCUGGACUGGGUGCUGUUCGUGGAGGCUCUGGGCUCGUUGGCCCUGAUGUCUGAGGCCAUGCUGGGCCUCCCUCAGCUGCUGCAGAACUACACCAACCGCUCCACCCGCGGCAUGAGCAUAAAGAUGGUGCUCCUGUGGACUGCUGGUGACAUAUUCAAGACGACAUACUUCGUGAUCAACGAGAGCCCUGCACAGUUCUGGGUGUGCGGUGCCGUUCAGAUUUUGAUCGACAUCAUCAUUCUGCUGCAGGUGGGCUACUAUGACCAGGACUCCAGAGUCAAGCUUGGAUGACCUCUUUGACGAUCGUCUUAACUCCCAAACAAGGGCUCCUUUGCUAUGCAUGCUUUUAAUAAUGCUAGUAGGUGGACAUUUAUUUAACAUUGGUGUGUCAAGUUUUUGUUUUUUGUUUUUUUAAAGAUAUUUAUAUUUUUAAAUGCAUCAGUCUGAAUUUUAGUUACUUACGAUGAGCCACUGCACUAUCCAAAGAGAGCUCAACAAGUCUCAAACCAGCAGUUACUGCAUGGAGUGCUGUUACAUGCAUCACUCUUUAAUACUCUACCCAGUCACUCAUUGUAUUUAAGAUGAUGUAUAUUCUCAGAGCUGUGCCACAAACACUGUGUCUCAUCUAUUCAUUACAUGAAUUUGUUCCAUUCUUUGAUAAAUGACACUAACUUAUACAGAUUUAAAAAUAACUCGGCACUUGGCAAGCCAUGAGAAUAGCCCCUAGUGUUUUCAGUGCAAUUGGAGCUGGCAGGAGGUUCCAGAGUGGCUGUGCCAAAUUCAUCUGCCACAGACUGCCUGUGAUGGCCAGUUUAUCUACACUUUGGAGAGUUCCAUGGCCAAACCCCCUCCCAUUCACUCUCCAUCUUAAUAGUAUAUACAAUACCGCACCUGUCGUGGUGAAAUAGUAAAAAGGCAGACUUAAAACAGUGGUCUCACAAUAGUCUUUAAGAUAUGGAGGUCCAUAUCAUGAAAAUAACAACUUUUCUAUCUUUUUUUAAACAAAAAUUUGAUUUAAUAUAUAAAUCCUGUUGUUUCAAAACAUACCUUUAUGUCGCUUCAUACAGUCCAUAUAUAAAAAUUAAGCUGCAAAAGGCCAGUCAGAACAGAGACUGUUUAUUUCACAUUUAAAGAAACAGUAAUAAAAACAAAAAAACUGUUUAAGUGCCAUAAAUGUAACCCUCAGAUAUCUCACAUACGUACCUCAGGGAAAUAUAAGUUAUAUGGAAUUUUUUGGGUUUAGACCCUGGGCAACUAGGGAAGGUGGUGGCUUUAUUGAGCUUUUGCCCAACAAAAUCCCAGCUAAAUAUGCAGAAGUUUGCAUAUUUAUAUUCUUGAAGAAGUUUGCUACUCUAUGAAUGAACUAAUAUUACUAGCUGAUGAACUCCUUAAACUACAGUUCAAGCUUCUGCUUUUCAAUUUCCACAUUUCAGUUUCUCAGGCCAUAACUACAUGUACUUCAACUACAAGUUCAUAGUAGUUCAUAGUUCAUAGUAGUCACAGAAUUAUGUAUUUGCUGAAUAAAUAUGGUUCAUGGUUUCCCACUUACCAACUAUGUGUGGUGUCCAAAUUUUGCUUCUUCAGUUUAGCACUGAAGACUAGCAUUGCUAACAAACACUAGAAGUCAAAAAGCUUUUCUAGAAUAACUUCUCUCAACCCUCCAUUUUUCACUGUGGAUUAUGGCACCGUGUGACUUACUGUACACUCUAUAAAUUAACAAAACCUCACCAUGUCACUAAAUGCUGUGGGCAGCUGAAAUCCAGUACAGCAUCUCUACUGUCUAACUGUUCAGCUACAAAGUUAAGCUUUGGUCAUUUUUACAGGUCACACUCUGUGAAAUCCAAGUGAUACUGUGUCCUAAACCACAUCAACAACACACAGCCUUAAGGAAGACCUGGAUGUGGUUUGAGAGAAGAUUUGAGCACGUAUUUACAGAAAAGAUUUGGGUGGCUAUUUCUUUGUUGGCCACAUUACCCUCAUAGAUCUAGUGCUAAACUAAAGCAAAUUUCGGACACCAAAUAUGUCUUGUGUCCACUACAUCUGGUGUAAGUUGAAAAUGGUGUACAUGUGAUCUUUGGUCUACCCAUUAAGAUAAAAAACUGAAUAAUGUGUCUAUAGUUUAAGGAGCUAAACCAGAAAUCUGUUUUAAAACCAAAGCUUGAGACAUUAUAUCAUCAGUAAUGCAUUAAUAGUGUUAACAAAACCACACUACACUAUCCCGGUCAUGAACAUGCUCCAGUUCAUUACCUCCUGAAAUAUGUCUACUCGUUUUAGCUGUGUACUGUUUGACCCUAUGGUUCAUAUCAUUUAAGGUUAAUAAUACAGAUAAUAACACAAACCCAGUGUCCCUAUCAGACCGGGCACAGUUUCUGUCAGGUUUAGUGUGUACAGUAAUUCAUUACAGUUGGACUGAGGAUGUUUUUAUGAGCUUAUUGAUGUGAGUUACAGUAAGAGUACUGUUUAAUGGUCAGCCUGGAAAAUGGUGGAGAUGUUGAAAAGCCAUGAUAAGUCUUCCAUCAGGAAACUGUUCCACCCCAUUAAGCUUCAGUACACAAUGUUGCCCUGAGUGGGAUGCUAUUGAUCAUUGGGCCACUCUAACGCUGAAUUCUGUCUUAGUGCCUUACUGCUACAGGCAUUAAAGGGUCUUCAGCUUCUCUCUAUUUCACUCAUUUUCAGAGCGUAGGAAAGUAAUGCUGGCGUCAGUGGUUUCUGACAACACAGCGUGAUUGCUGCUUAGCUGAUAGGGAGAAAGUGUUUGGGUGUUAGACACAUAUUGACAUUUCAGUGCGAGACUUCAGCACUUUUUUGCCAUUAAUUUUCAAGUUUGUGUUUGUGUGUGUGCGCAUAUAGUGAUAUUGUUAAUCUAUUCCCUCCAUUUGUUUCAUCAGUACCUAAGUGUGGAAACGGCAGAGCUUGAGACCAGCUGUCCUCUCAUUAUUAACAGCAAAUACUGCAUGUGUGGCUCUGUCACUCAACAAAAUGAGAUGGAUGUAAAAGGUGCUAUUUUAAGAGGUGUUUCAGCCCUGUGGACCAUGUUCAAUGUUUCCUAUUACCUAAACUCAUGUCCAUUUACCUAGUACUUCUAGAAAGCUCUGAUUUGUCUCGCUACUCUACCCUCUCCCCUAUUUAUUACAUAACAGAAUACAGUACUGUGCAAAAAGUCAGAGAACAGCCUUCAUUUCAUUUCCAGGAAAAAAUAGCUAUUAAGUAAUUAAUUUUUCAUCAUCCAAAAAAAGAAGGCAGAAAACAUGCCAUUGAAUGUGAAAGUUUUGGCACCCCUGGCCAAAUGACGUUUUGUUGAUUUUCUCAGUGAAAAUAAGUGCACCUCCUCAUGUGCGCAAUUACCGCUUAUUUGCUGAAUUAAACAUACCCCCUCCCCCACCCCCCACCCCCCAGGUUAAACACAGCCAAACUAUGCAGUGUAAUCCUGUACACUUUGUACACUUGAUGUGUACAGGGAUGUGUACUGAUUUACUUAUUUUCAUUUAGAAAAUCAACAAAACAUAUCAUUUGACCAGGGGUGUUAAUAUGACUGAACGUCAUCACUGUCUAAAGAAAAACAUGCAUCUCCAAAGUAGUAACUUUACAGGAGAGGGCAAACACUUUAAUGUAAAAAUGAAUGUAUAUGUUUUAAAUGUGUAAAUGACCACAAUAUUAUUCAACAGAACAUAAUACAGAAGUCUCAACACCUAAAUAUAUCACAUUUUUCAGUAUUUAUUGUGUCCAUCCUUUGUUUUUAUUUCGGCUUCCAUUCUUUUCAAUAGAUUUGCUCAAAGUUUUUCAGUUCAGUCUUGAUGUUUUUUCUGCUUCUCACAAUCCAAAUAAUCCCAAACACGUUCAGUAUUGUUACAAUCUGAGAACUGGAUUGUACUGUCCAUUGUUUUAAUGUUACACAUCCUUUCAGACUCAUAGUGUUGAGUUGUCUUCACACAGUGACAGAAUGGGUAGAAACACUUUUUUUUACAUUUUUUCAGAUCUGAAGGUGAAUGUUUAGCCGAUGGUGAGAGUUUAGUUCAUGUACCACUCAUGUGUCAAGCUCCGGUCCUUGCGGCCAAGACACUGCAUACUUCAGGAUGUUGCCUUAUUAAAUGCACCUGAUUCCACUCAUCAGCUAAUUAGCAAGGCCUUCAUGAACUGAAUUGAGAGUUGUAGAUGAGGGUAAACGCUAAUCUCCAUGGCACUUUGGCCCAGAAGGUCCCCAGUUUGACAUGUCUGUCUACCAAGUCUUGCACAGUUGUCUGGAGUCCCAUUUUCUUUAUAUAUUUUUAAUAAUUUUUUGAACUCCAGUUUUGGAAACUCCUCUGUUUUUCACUUCUUGUUCUUUGACUUUCCUUAUCCCUACGUGAGUGGGUUGUCUUAUAUUUAAUCUCAUCAAAAAUAUCUUCUGAAAAAGGAAUAAAUUGCACUUCAUAGCUGUUUUGACUGGAAAUGAAGGAUUGGUUCUAAUUUUUGCAUAGUGCUGUAUAUCACAUUGAAAGUGCUUUGAUAAAGACGUUUCCACUGUCCAACAUGUAAUGUUCCAUGUAUGCAGAUGUCAUUAAUGUGUCUCCUGUAAUUGAGUAGUUUGUUUUGCAUGACUGAUGAAUGGCUUUGCUUGGUUUUAUUAUUAUUUAUAUUAUGGGCUUGGUUUUAUAUUAUAUUGUGUUUCAUAGAAAUGUUGCUGAUGACAGUGGUAACGGUCUGCCAUGUGUGUAAUGGCCAUUUAAUGCUGCCUUAAUAGUUGACACAAUCAAUCUUCUUACUUCUUACUCAUCACACACACAAGCGCAGCAUCUCUGUACGCUCCAAAAAACACUUCAGAAGUCAUGAAGAUGUUUAUUUCUAUGCACAUUUAUUCACAAACUGGUGUUGGCAUUAUGUUCACUGACUACAAAUCUUUGUUAAAUAAUACUGCAAGCCAAAGAAUGUUUUUUAUGAAGGAUGUAUUAAGCAAUGAAACCCACAUGCCUGUGUGUGUUUGUGUGAGCCUAUAUAAUCUGCGCAAAACUUGAAUGAAAAAACUGAAACAUCUUAA